AUGGCAGCAUCAUCCGCCUCUAUCCAUCCAGCAGACAAUAGCACACGACUUGUCCUUCUCGGCUUUUUAAGCAUAAAAAGGCAGCGAGAGGCUGGCAGAGCCUCCAUCCUCCCAAUAGGAUCGAUAGAGACGAGUUACUUCAAGUGUACAUCGUGUCCAGACGACGUUGAAGAAGAGCGUACGUUGCCCUGCAGCGAUGAAGACGGCCUUGCCGCGCCGCCGGCCGGCUUUUACUCGUAA